AUGGCACAGCCGGCCUUGCCGGAGUUGGAAAGGACUUCGCGAGAACAAGAGCAGCAACCGCACCCGCAUGCCUCGCCGCGGCGGAGGAAUCGUGGUCCAUCGCCUUACUUUUAUGAACAGCAGCGGCUACAAAACACGCUGCGCUGCGAUUACGUUCUUCUGUGGUACGAGCGGGACCCGGAAUCGUCUGCGGGUCAGUGCCCAAACUUCUUGGUCGUCGGGGAUCCCAUCCCCGUUUCUCUCUCUCACCAUGUGUUUAUGCAGAUGGCAUUUGGCGUCCUGAAGGAUCGUCUGGUGCGUGCAUCCACACAAAUAAAGUCUGUAAAGGAGAAAAAGGACUCGGAAAGGGGCAAAACGGUUCUUGUGUCUUCUCAAAGAGAGGCGGAGGCGCAGACGUCAACGACACCUGAUACAACAGUCUCCAAGACCAAAAAAACUUUGCCACUGCGUGAGCAAGACGUCGUGGCUUUAUUUUGCUUUUUGUGGAAGUAUGUUUCAAGCAUGCUGCAGUCGCAGGCGGAGGCCCUUAAUGCGUUUCAGAGACGCAAUAAAAGUGCCCCACCACCGCGCCCAGCAGUUCGCAUGACAAAACAGCAGCUGCGUCUACAGAUGGUCCUGGAAUACAACGUGGAUGUUCGCCAGUUCCUCGGCGAUGGCCUUUCAACGUCAGCUGCAGUGAGUGAGGCGUACUGCAGAAAACUUAUGACAGGAAAAGUGAUGGAGGAUGAAUUUCUAAACCAACUUGCCAAACCUGCAGGAAUGGCGCAGACGUGCUCCAUGGUGUGA